ACUAUUGAGAAAAGUGUUGGUUGUGUAACUUUCUUGUUUGAGGUAUCUUGUUAAAUGUCGCUCUCCAGUCCAUCAGAAACUGCCCAUGGAAAGUAAAUGAACUGUGAACUUGGCUCAUUCACUGAUCAAUUAUCAAUAGCUUUCUUAUUUAUUUUUUAUGUUUGGAACUUACUUUUUGUGCUAACUGUGUUAUAUUCUAAAUUACAAACCCUAACUCUGAUCAUGAUUUUCUCUUUUCAAUUACACAUUAACACACAUUAAUAAGCUGGCAUUGUUAUGUUAUAAGCUGGCAUUGGAGUGGACUAGACACAAACUUGGAGAAGCUUCUCCAAACGAAAUUUGACAAUUUGGGACCACCAUCAAUAAUUGCAUUUUAGUCUCCACCCACCAGUUGCUUCACUCUAGCAGCUCCAAAACUCCUUCUAAUGUAUAAGAUAAUGACUGCCACAUUAACACACAUUAAUAAGCUGGCAUUGUUAUUAGAUAUGAAGUAUUUGAAUUUAGUUAUCUUAAAUGAACCUAUGAUUUCUUUUGAAGAUUUUUCUUGAAUCUAGGCAAAAAUUUGAGUUAACAUAAGCUUGAAGCCUAGUAAUGGAGGAGUCACCAAUCCCAGGAAAACGGAAAAAACUAGAGGAAGUUGAGGUUGGAGCUACCUCUGAAUCUGCCCUAAAGCGGAGAAAUUUGACACGGACUUGUGUGCAUGAGGUUGCUGUUCCUGGUGGUUACACAUCAACCAAAGAUGAAAAACUUCAUGGGACCCUCUCAAAUCCUGAAUUCAAUGGCGAGAUGGCAAAGACCUACAAGUUUGAACUUGACCCAUUUCAGAAAGUAUCAGUGGCAUGUUUGGAAAGGAAUGAGUCGGUUCUUGUUUCCGCUCAUACAUCUGCGGGGAAGACUGCUGUGGCUGAGUAUGCAAUUGCUAUGGCCUUUAGAGAUAAGCAGAGAGUUAUAUACACAUCACCAUUGAAAGCUUUGAGUAACCAAAAGUAUAGGGAAUUGCAUCAUGAGUUUCAAGAUGUUGGGUUGAUGACAGGUGAUGUGACUCUCUCACCUAAUGCCAGUUGUCUAGUGAUGACAACCGAGAUUCUUAGGGGGAUGCUUUAUAGGGGAUCAGAGAUUUUGAAGGAAGUUGCAUGGGUCAUCUUUGAUGAAAUUCAUUAUAUGAAGGAUCGUGAAAGAGGUGUUGUUUGGGAAGAGAGUAUUAUAUUUUUGCCACCAGAAAUAAAGAUGGUUUUCCUUUCUGCAACAAUGUCAAAUGCCACAGAGUUUGCAGAAUGGAUUUGUCAUCUGCACAAGCAACCAUGUCAUGUUGUAUACACAGAUUUUCGACCAACUCCACUGCAGCAUUAUGUUUUCCCCAUGGGUGGUGCUGGGCUUUAUCUUGUUGUGGAUGAGAAUGAGCAGUUCAGGGAAGACAAUUUUAUGAAACUUCAAGAUACCUUCACAAAACAGAAAGUUGGUGAUGGGAACAAGAGCUCAAAUGGUAAAGGGAGUGGAAGAAUUGCAAAAGCUGGGAAUGCUUCGGGCGGUUCUGACAUAUACAAAAUUGUGAAGAUGAUCAUGGAGCGGAAAUUUCAACCAGUUAUAGUUUUCAGCUUCAGUAGAAGAGAGUGUGAACAACAUGCCAUGUCUAUGUCUAAGCUUGAUUUUAAUACCCAAGAGGAAAAGGAUAUUGUGGAACAAGUAUUUAAUAAUGCAAUUCUCUGCUUGAAUGAGGAAGACAGAAACUUGCCUGCUAUUGAACUAAUGUUACCACUACUUCAGCGGGGCAUCGCUGUCCAUCAUUCUGGCCUUCUUCCUGUUAUCAAGGAACUUGUAGAGCUUCUUUUCCAGGAAGGCCUUGUAAAGGCCCUCUUUGCCACAGAGACAUUUGCCAUGGGUUUAAACAUGCCUGCAAAGACUGUUGUUUUUACAUCUGUUAAGAAGUGGGAUGGUGAUAGCCAUCGCUACAUUGGAUCUGGGGAGUAUAUCCAGAUGAGUGGAAGGGCUGGACGUCGGGGCAAAGAUGAGCGUGGUAUUUGUAUAAUAAUGAUUGAUGAGCGGAUGGAGAUGAAUACACUGAAGGACAUGGUUUUGGGUAAACCAGCUCCUCUAGUUAGUACAUUCAGACUGAGCUACUAUUCAAUUUUAAAUUUAAUGAGGCGUGCUGAAGGCCAGUUCACUGCUGAGCAUGUAAUAAAGAAUUCAUUCCACCAGUUUCAGUAUGAGAAGGCUUUACCUGGUAUAGGGAAGAAGGUUUCAAAGCUGGAGGAGGAGGCUGCUGAGCUUGAUGCGUCUGGGGAGGCUGAAGUGGCGGAAUACCACAAGUUAAAACUUGAGAUGGCCCAACUUGAGAAGAAGAUGAUGGCAGAAAUAACUAGGCCUGAAAGAGUUCUUUAUUAUCUUUGCACUGGUCGACUGAUCAAGGUAAGAGAAGGUGGAACUGAUUGGGGUUGGGGAGUUGUGGUAAAUGUUGUUAAAAAACCUGCUCCUGGAUUAGGCACAUUGCCAUCACGUGGUGCUGGUUAUAUAGUGGAUACUUUACUUCAUUGCUCACCUGGACCUAGUGAGGGUGGUUCACGGCCAAGACCAUGUUCGCCUCAGCCUGGAGAAAAGGGUGAGAUGCAUGUGGUCCCUGUUCAGUUGCCUCUAAUUUCUGCCUUAAGUAAAGUUAGAAUAUCUGUCCCUCCUGAUCUCCGACCGCUGGAAGCAAGGCAAAGUAUACUGCUCGCAGUACAGGAGCUAGGAACUCGAUUUCCUGAAGGGCUUCCAAAACUUAAUCCUGUAAAGGACAUGAAAAUUGAGGAUCCUGAAAUUGUUGAUUUGGUCAACCAAAUUGAGGAACUUGAAAGGAAGUUACAUGCUCAUUCAAUGCACAAGUCUCAAGAUGUGAACCAAAUCCGAAAUUUUGAAAGGAAGGCAGAGGUGAAUCAUGAAAUUCAACAGCUCAAGUUAAAAAUGCGGGAUUCACAGCUCCAAAAGUUUCGUGAUGAAUUAAAGAACCGGUCGCGAGUCCUGAAAAGGCUUGGCCAUAUAGAUGCUGAUGGUGUUGUCCAGUUGAAGGGCAGAGCAGCCUGCUUGAUAGACACAGGAGAUGAACUACUUGUUACUGAAUUAAUGUUCAAUGGUACCUUCAACGACCUUGAUCAUCACCAAGUUGCAGCUCUUGCAAGUUGCUUCAUUCCUGUAGAUAAAUCUAGUGAACAAAUACAUUUGAGAUCAGAGCUUGCCAAGCCACUACAACAACUCCAAGAGAGUGCAAGAAAAAUAGCAGAAAUUCAAUAUGAAUGUAAAUUGGACAUAAAUGUGGAUGAAUACGUGGAAUCAACAGUGAGACCAUACUUGAUGGAUGUGAUUUACUGUUGGUCAAAGGGAGCGAGUUUCUCUGAUGUUAUACAAAUGACUGAUAUUUUUGAGGGAAGUAUCAUUAGGAGUGCUAGACGACUAGAUGAAUUCUUGAACCAGCUGUCUGCCGCUGCUCAAGCUGUAGGGGAAGUAAAUCUGGAGAAAAAAUUUGCAGCAGCGAGUGAAAGCCUGCGCCGAGGUAUUAUGUUUGCCAAUUCACUAUAUCUAUGAUAUGAUUGAGAUCCAAUCACAAUCACAUAUGGGUAAAAUGGUUAAACACAAGGUUAAAUCUUAUGGCGAGUUUGCAAUUAUUGCUGCUUGAGAUGUGGUUGAAGAACAUGCAUACAGUAGGUUCCACCCUUGAUUCCAUCAAGUUGCUUUCAACUUCAGAUCUGUGUGUAUAUUGUGAUAGUGUUCUUAGAAUACCGUAGGAAAUUAGGAAUCACAGUUUGCUACAGGGCAUUGAUUUAAUGAAUCUUCUUCUUCUUCUUCUUCU